AUGACGCGUGAUUCCUUUAAACAGCGCCAUUUUGUUGCGCUUAUGCGGAUUCACUUUGCGGCUGUCGAUGGAAACUCAUCGAAAGUGCACCUUCACUUUGGAGACCAUCAAGUAGCGACAUUUCAGCUCACCAGUCCCGAUCAUGAGUUGCGCUCCUCCGAAAAUACCGCUAUGAGUUUUGUCAAUAUGAGUAGUAUGGAUCACCUUGUAGAAGAAGGACGACAAAAAGUCGACUUCAUCGUAAAAGGUAUGAAUGUGAACUGGGACUGGGGACAAUAG